AUAAGUAGGUUCUCAGAUUCAUCAAAGCGUCCAAUCUCAAGUAAUGAAUGGGAUGACGAACGAUUGACGUGGGAUCCUAAAGAUUACAACAAUCUUCAUAUACUGAGAAUUCCAUGUGAGAAACUAUGGCUUCCAGACAUUGUUCUCUAUAACAGUGCAGAUGAUUACACGACUGGUUAUAUGAAUAGCAAAGCCAUGGUCAACAGCAAUGGAACGAUAUUUUGGCCGCCUCCAGCCAAAUUUCGAAGUUCCUGCAAAAUUGAUAUCACAUACUUCCCAUUUGAUGACCAAACAUGCGAGCUUAAAUUUGGCUCCUGGGCCUAUGAUGGCUUUCAAGUGAACAUUACAAACAGGUCAUCGACUGUAGAUCUGGCAAAUUACGUGUUCAGCGGCGAAUGGGAGCUGAUUGAUGUCAGAAUACGGAGGACGGAAGUAACUUAUGCUUGCUGUAUCGAGCCUUACCCCGACGUGAGGUUUACCAUCGUCAUACGUCGAAAAACUCUCUACUACCUGUUCAACAUUAUUUUUCCCUGCUUGUGGUUGACAAUUUUAAGUUUGCUUGGGUUCUGGUUACCUCCAGAUUCCGGGGAAAAAAUCACGUUGGGUAUAACUGUCCUUCUGGCGUUCUCGGUGUUUAUGUUACUGAUAGCGGAAAGUAUGCCGGCAACGUCAGAGUUUGUACCUCUAAUAGGUAUUUAUCUGACAGUCACAAUGGGGAUGACGUCCCUUUCCAUCAUCCUGACCGUGUUUGUGCUCCAGCUUCACCAUGUCGGACCUCACAAGCGACGGGUUCCCAACUGGUUGAAAUCCUUGGUGUUUGGUUUCUUCGCCAGAAUUGUAUGCAUGCGCCAAAAUAUACAAACAGCUCGGCACAAAGUCUUUCAGAAAAAUGCAGAUUUUGAUACCCAGACAGUAACACUUUUAGAACCGUCAGGGGUCAUUGUGGAUGCGGAAAACAUUAAUCCUUGCGGUAGACUAAGUCCUACUGGAUCAGGAGACAGUCGAAGGCUUUUUUCCAGCGGCGGGAACGCAGGAAGAGGAAGCAGUCGGAACUGUAACGGUGAUGCCAUGUUACAAAGAAAUAAUACCAACAAUGACCGAAUAGCACCGUCAAAUAACGAGAUAUCCUCAUCAAUGCUCAGCUUUCAAAAUUUACCCGGUACAGACUACAGCUUGGCACAGAUAUCCCAUUAUGACAUGCCUCAGUGUUUGAGGUCGCACUUCAAAAGGGAUCAGCGAUUUCGUGGCUCCUUUAGAGAAGGAUAUCAGGUCUCUUCAGACUAUGCAAUGGACAGAGGUCGUUUGUAUUACCAGCACGAUCCGGACUUCGACAAAUACCAAGAACUGGUGGAAGAGUGGCAGCUCGUUGCUCACGUGAUGGAUCGACUUUUGUUUUGGUUAUUUUUGUUUGUGGCCGUGGUGUCCUCAUUGGCUAUUCUUGUCAUUAAGCCAAUGUUUAAACCUGCUAUUGUUUGA